AUGGAUGUGAAUUUGCAUGGCUGUGUUCUUGGUGAAGACCGUGAAACGGGUCCUGUUCGCAGAGACUACAUCGCUCGUUUCAAUGAAGAAGCAUUACAGGUGGAGGACUAUGACGACAAGAUGGCGCUCUCUGCAAUAUUCAGUGGUCUAAAAGAGGAGAAGUUCGCAUUCUCCAUCAAGAAGAAGCCUCCGAAAACAUCAGAUAAGCUCAUCACCAGAGCUCAAAAGUACGCUAACGCUAAGGAAUUCUCCAACGCUCGCAAGAGUGUUCAAGUAACAAAGCCGACUGGCAAAGGAAAGAGGCCAAGGAAUGAAGAACCUCAGACACCUAGCAAAGGGCCAGAUGACCGCGCUCCUCGCGAUCGUCAUCCAAGCAGAAAACCAGAAGGUAAAUUCCAUUCCUACACCCCCUUCAACACAUCCACCGAGCAGAUUUUUCUGGACAUCCAAGGGCAGAAGCUUCUGAAUUGGCCUGUUUGUAUGAAUGCCGACCCGAAUCAUCGAGACAAAUGCAAGUAUUGUCAUUUUCACCGAGAUCAUGACCACAACACAACCGACUGCAUGGACCUCAAGGAUGAGAUUAAGACCCUCAUUCGUAAAGGUCAUUUGCGCCGAUAUACCAAGGAAGAAAAAAUGGCUCGAAAAGAAGAACGAGAGCAGUCGAAUAACACCCCAGAAGAGCCAGCCGAGAUCCGCACCAUCUUCUGUGACUCGUCUAGUGGAGGUGACUCAAACCGUGCCAGAAAAGCUUAUUUUCAGAAGUCUGAUCCAGAACAUUACAUCCACGUGACCGAGCGGCCUAGCAAGGAACUCCGGGCCAGCCUAUGCAGUCUGACCUUGACGGAAGACGGCGUGCGCAAAAUCCAACAUCCGCAUGAUGACGCCCUAAUGGUUACUAUGACCAUUACCAACCACAAGGUGUACCGCAUCUUGGUCGACACUGGAAGCUCGGCCGAUAUGAUCUACUCCGAAGCUUUUGAAAGAAUGGGCAUUCCAAGGUCACGCCUCAGACCUGUGAAGACCCCCCUGCACGGCUUUACAGGAAAAAGGGUAAUCUCUGAAGGAGUUAUCUCCCUCCCCGUGACCACGGGAGAAGGACAACAUCAAGCCACCCUCAUGGUGGACUUCCUCGUUGUCAAUGUGUCAUCAUUGCAUAACAUCAUUCUGGGCAGACCUUCUCUCAAUGCAAUGAGGGCAGUCGUCUCCGUCUUUCAUCUGAUGAUGAAGUUUCCCGCCGAGGAUGGAACAGGUUACCUCCGAGGCGAGCAGCGCGAAGCUCCGAGAUGUUACGCUAUAGCAGUAAAGAAAGGGUCCGUGAAACAAGCACUCACUGUCAACAUCUUAGAUCCUAAAGGACCUACAGAGGACUCCUCUGUGGAAGACCUGGAGAAAGUAUCGCUCGAUGAAGCAGAUCCAAACAAGACCAUUCAGCUCGGAACGUCAUUAAGUUCUGAACAACAGUCUGAAAUGCUGACUUUCCUACGGCGACAUAAAGAUGUCUUUGCAUAG